AAUUUUAAAUUGCGUAUUCGAAAUAUUUUAAACGCGUUCUGUUCGAAGCGCUAAUAAAUUCGAACGUAAGUCGACAAUUUGACAAUUUUUCGUAAUGCGUCAAAAUUUAUUCAUUUUAUCCCUAAUAUCGAUCGUUUUUCGAAUUAUGGCUGAUAUAGAAUCUACUAUUGAAACUAAUAAUUAUCAACUAAAAAACGUGCAAGUAAUUACAUUCAAACCGACUUCCGAAGGUAUGAUCAUAAUGAUACCGAGAAUAUCCUACAGAAUUCGUUUUCGUCUACAAAAGGAUAAAUCCAACUUUCUUGCAGCAGCUAAAGUAUUUAUCUACGUAGACGAUAAAAUUAAAACAUAUACUCUUUCUGAAAUGCCGGGAACGUCUAUAUACCAAGGAGAAUUAAAAAAUGAAAAUGGAUCCUUUAUUAUUGGUUAUUUUUAUGAAAAUCAAUUUAUAGGAAUAUUUCAACAUUUAUAUAGCACAUAUUUCAUUGGACCACAGAACGAAUAUUCUUUUGACGAGAAAGAUGAACAUACAAUUAUGUAUAACGUCCAAGACAUAGAGUUAAGACCAUCUUAUCGAGAUGGGAAAUUAAUGUGUGAAGCAAGAAGACAUGAAGAAUAUCUUAAAAUGAAAACUUACCAAGAAAAUUAUCAUGUUGAUACUAAAAUACAAAUUUAUAAUUUCUUCAAUAACAACUUACGAAUGAGACAAACGAAAAUAUGCUCGUUAGAACUCGUAGCAGAUCAUACAUAUACCGAAUACAUGGACUUUAAUCAGGCGAAAAUCGUCUCAGAAAUGCUUUUAUAUAUCAAGAUUGCCGAUUACAUAUUCCGAAAUACUGAUUUCGAUGAAGACGGUGACAAAGAAGAUAUCGCAUUCAACGUUCAGAAAAUUACCAUAUUCGAAACCAAAAAUGAUCCGGGUAAUAUUUUUGGAAGGGAAACCAAAGAUUAUAAGGAAUUUCUACAAAGUUUGACGAAGUAUCACCAUCCAUAUUGCAUGCUAAUUUGCUUCACUCAUAGAGAUUUUUGGACACCUACUCAAUGCGCAGUUUCCAAAGUCAAUAAGAUCGGAGGAAUCUGCCCUGGAUCGAAACCGCUAGGAAAGAGUAAUAACGUUGGCUUCGUUACCAAUAUAGAAAACAAAAAAAUUAUUCCUCGAUUUAGAAUACCGUUAAAUUUAGUACACCAACUGGGACAUGCAUUCGCUUGCCGAGACGAUCCUGAAAAAAAUAAAUUUUGCAGUCCUGGACAUGUAAAUCCGCGACACGGAAAUUAUAUAAUGCAUCCGAAUAUAUCGUAUGGUGCUUUUAAGAAUAAUUGGCACUUUUCAACCUGUUGCAAAACCACUUUAAAGAACUUCCUAAAGCAAUCAAGAAUAAAAACGUGUCUAUUGAGAAGAGAGUUAUCCAACUGCGGAAAUGGAAUCGUAGAAGAAGGAGAAUUGUGUGAUUGUGAUUCUUCAACAGAAAAUUGCACAGCUGUUCAGAAGUGUUGCAGAAUUAAUGAAUAUCCGUCUCAGUGUACACUGAGAAAUGGCAUGCUUUGUUCACCUAGCAAAGGACAAUGCUGUGACGACAAUUGCGAUAUCAUAGAAUAUGACAAAAGACAACCAUGUUUCAGUAACAUAGAAUGCUUUAAUGUUACUACGUUUUGCGAUGGAAUUUCUUCAUUUUGUUCCGGUUUAAUGCAACCAGACGGAACUCCUUGCAGACAAAAUUCUCGAACGUGUCACAAGGGACAGUGCAAAAGCAACGUCUGUCUCGAUCACAGUAUGAAGCCUUGCCAAUGUAAGACUCGUCAUUCAGAAUGUCAUAUCUGUUGUAUGAACGAAACUCAUACAUGCCGAACCGCUAAAAACUUACAACUUUUUCCAUCUAAAGACGAAGUUUAUGUAAAACUUCCAGGAAGUUCUUGUGAUAAUGGAUACGGGAUAUGUUCCAGUCAUAUAUUACCUUCUAGGAAUGGAUCCUGUAUACGUAAAACUAUCUGGAAGAUGUAUAGCAUUUGGAAUUAUCUUACUCCUUUACCGUUCUUACUAAUUAUUGUUAUUGGCAUAAGUUGUUUCCAAAGUCAUCAACACGAAAGACCGAGUAUAGAGAUAUUAAUGAAAAAGUAUCCUUUAAGAAAGAAGGAAGGAAAACCCGAAAUGAAACGGAAAGUAAGGAAACCUAAACGGAAAAUUACGAAAAAGCAUCGUUUAAGAGAGAAGCAAGAAAAUCCCGAAAUGAAACUAAAAGUAAAAAAGAAACCCAAAAGGAAAAUAAAUAAGAUAAAGAAUAAUGUAUUAGAACCUAAAGUCCAUUUCUUGAACUUUACAACAUUUGAGUAAUAUACGACAGCAUAAAGAGAUAUUGAACACUUGAAUUAAAUACCCUUUCACUUUUAUAUGUAAUUGUAUUCUAUAAUGUUUGAGUGAUAAAAAUAAUAAAAGAAACUUGAAUUUUCUUUAUAUUCAGCUGUGAGUUUCUUGAAAUCUCGAAAAAUUACAUAAUAUUAUAUUUAAAUUUAUAUUUAUAAAA